AUAUACGCAUGCGUAGUAUAACUGGCCGGGUUACAAGGAACAGUGUACAUAGGCUAUCGUUGUUUUGACGCGAUACAGUCUCGAAUGAAAUCUACAAAGAAACUACUGCAUUUUAGUUAUCGUAAUUCUGCAGUUUAUCAGCUUGGCUGUUAUAGAUUUGAGCUCUAACUUCACAACAUAAUUAUUUGAUAUUCAAGAAAAUACAACAAUCUAAAGUGAGUUGUUGCAACAUAUUAUUUGCAGGAUGAAAAGCUGUAUUUGCAUGACGAGUUUAAUGAACAAUUGUAUUGUUAAGCGUUCAAUAAAAACGAAAAUUCGUAUGCAGUAUAUUGAGUAUGUAAAUUUUCGCCAUAUUAACCUUGACCCAAGAACAAUUUUUAAAACGGUUUAUCUACGAUUUUAUAUAUCAAUAUGAAUUUUGGUCAUUACACUUUUAACCCUGCUGAACAUUUGUGGUAGCUCGAAUCAUUUUCUUAAAGUAGUUGAACGAAUUUCACAAUUAACCUUUGUUAAAACUGUUUAUAUUGAUCAAUGUGCUGUCAAAUAAUAAAAAAAACAUAGUACUAGACCACAAGGCCGACUAUUUGUGGAGUAAGCGUAUACCUACCAAAAUAAAACAGGUACGUGACGAGGUCAAAUGAAAGUCACUUAGAGUGAUCAAAGUAAAUAUCAACAAUUGUUUAAGCAUAUUCGAUAUCGAAUUAAAAUAUACUGGCAAAAAUAUUAUAACCUUCAGAAAUAACCCUCUCCUCUCAACAGGAAUAUGGAAGACAACGAAGAUAUACUUAUCUUUCCCUUAACUGAUCUGGUUAACAACAAUGUAGAGGAUUCAGAGGAACGUCAAGAUGAGACACCUAAAAAGAAAGUGCAAUUGUCUCUUCGUCAACGUCGAAGAUCCAGGGCUGUGCCUUUUAAAAUGCACUUGAACUUGCUUGAGCAAUCUCAUCAACCACUCUCAGCCGUACAUGUGGAGAAAACUUCUUCACCGAGAUCUCAUUGGCUUUCUGCUUUGCGCAAAUUAAAGACAAUGAAAGAUCCAUGGCUUGAAUUUCACAUUGAAAACCAUCCAACAGAAACUUGCAAAAGACAUCGUUAUAACGCUCUAAAAAAGAAAUGGGUUGUUGAUGAUAUUGAAGUGAAAAUGGAAUCUGUGCCAUUCAACCACGGAGCUUUAAGAGAGUGCUUCAGACUCAAAAAGUUGUCAUCGUGGACAAAUCGGCACGAUUGGAAGCAUGCUCAUAACUACGUUUCUAAAAGGUACAUGGAAGAAGUGGAGAGAGAAGUUUAUUUUGAGGAUGUGCAACUACAGAUGGAUGCUAAAUUAUGGGGUGAAGAAUAUAACCGUCAUAAGCCCCCCAAAAAAGUUGAUAUAAUGCAAAUGUGCGUUAUAGAAUUUACAUCUCGACCAGGUUCACCUCUUUAUCAUUUGGAGCAUUUCAUAGAGGGCAACUACAUAAAGUACAAUUCUAAUUCGGGAUUUGUCGAUGAGCACAUCAGGUCUACUCCUCAAGCUUUCUCUCAUUUUACAUUUGAGAGAUCUGGUCAUCAACUGAUUGUUGUCGAUAUACAAGGAGUAGGUGAUUUAUGGACUGAUCCCCAAAUACACACUGUCAAUGGGUCGGAGUACGGAGAUGGUAAUCUUGGAACAAAGGGAAUGGCUUUAUUUUUUCACUCACAUACUUGUAAUUCUAUUUGUGAUAGCAUGGGUUUGUCAAAGUUUGAUUUAGCUCCAAAUGAAAUUGCUAUUCAACAGAAGUUUGUUCAAAUGCAUAAAACUGCAGAAACUCGCCUGAAAGGGCAACUAGAGCAUUGUGUUAGUCCUUCUCCAACAGAUCGAAUUGAUCUAACAUCAUUUUUAGCCAAAUCUCGAUUUCGAUCAAUAUCUUCUUGUUCGACGGGAUCUGAUGGCAUGCAUGAACCUGUGAGUCCUAUGAGUGAUAAACCUGAAAACUCGCCACCCGUUGAUGAACCGAUGCAUAGUGUUUCGCCACCUCAUUGGAUUAAUAAUGGUCGUCGUACUCGAUUUUACAGCGAAAGUAGUGAUAGUAAUACGAGCUCCAUUACGGAAGAAGAAGAAAGGAUCCGUUUUCACCAGGCAUUUAGCCACCAUGCAAGACCUUCAUGCUUCGCUCAAGAGUUAAACUUUCGUCUUAGCAAAGAUCAUCGAUCAACAGAUGAUUCAAUAUUGGGACAAAUUCAUCACGAAAUGGCGAAAUAUCAUGAAAUAGGUCGUUUAGUGGUUAAAGAAGGUGACGAACCUGAUGAGGAAUCCGCUCUCUAUCACGAGCAAAACGCUGCCGAGUUAGGCGUUAUGGAGGCUAUUUUAACCAUGGCCUAUUUGCAUUUAGAUAUGCAACGUGAUUUUCUUGUUAAUGUAUGUGUUGAACCAACUGAUGAAAAUAUUGCUAAGGGAGUUGAAUAUAUGUCAACUGCAGCAGACGCAGGAGAUAGGUCAGCGAUGCUGUUUCUUGCUAGAGCCUAUGAAACUGGAGAUAAUUUAGGCCCAAACAGAAAGAGAUGCCACAAGAAAGCUGUCAGCUAUUAUCGAGAUGCUAUUGAGAGAACUGAAGAGGACGAAAGUGGAGCUUUCGAUUCGACUAUGGAUGACCCUUUGUAUAGUCUAAAAGCUAAAUUAGCUGAACUGUAUCUUGAAGGAAAUUAUGGUUUGGAGUCGGAUCCGGAGACUGCUGCUGGUUUAUUUAAUGAGGCAGCUGAUGCAGCAAUGGCUUCAAUGAAAGGUAGAUUGGCUAAUAAAUAUUAUGCAAGAGCAGAGGAAGCUUGGUCUCUUGUCACCGAGGAAUAA